AGUACUGUGCCUCAGUAGAUUUACUACUUUGGUAUUUUCAUUGUACACUACUUUACACUUCCACUCCACUAUAUUUAUAUGACAGCUUUAGUUACUUUGCCGAUACAAAAUAUAAAUAAACAAAGUAAUAAUGAUACUGUUAUAGAUGAAGCUACCCUGCUGUAUAUAGAGUAGCUGAAAAUGGCUCCACCUUCACUGGCUGUAACAUUAGUGAUGCUUCACUCAAAAGGAUUAGGGCUGCACGAUAUGGUAAAAACAAAAAUAAAAAGGGAAUUAUUUUGACAGAUAAGGCGAUUGCAAUAUUAUUCACGAUAGUGGGAAUGAUCAUUUUUGUUUCACACAUUUAAUUCUCACUGGAAAAAAAACAACUACUAAAAUUAGGAUAAUUGUUUGUAGUCUGUACCAAACAAACAUGAAAAUCUGAGGAGGAAGAUUUGUAGGCCAGGACAUCUCUACACACCUACAGUUCUUCAUUAUAAUGCUGUUCUGUCACACAUUUAACUUUUAUUAAACAAACUGCAGCUUCUGGCCAUAUGGAUCAUGAUCCAUUGAUGUAAUGUUUGUAUAUAAUUUGAUGCUAAUAUUUAGUAGUAGAAAUAUUUUAAAUGCAGGACCUUUACUGUAGUAUUUUUAUAUAGUUUUACAUUUUCCUUACUUACUUUAACCCUUCCACCACAUCUGACUUCAAAUGGUAACUUGUUAUUCUCAUAACUGGACACAAAUGUUUUUUGGCCUGCUAAGCUUCAUCUAAGCUCUUACCUAGUGAUACUGCUGUUCAACAAAGUAAUGGAUGUGGCUUAGAUACAGCCACAGGAUUUAGAGCCUACUACUAACUCAAGGUUAGUCAACACACUGCAUUAACACCCACGAAGAAGAACAGGUGCAGCAAGCAACGCUAGCUAACGUUAGCCAGGUGUCUCAGUGAUGCUGUCAGGCAGCACUUCACUUCCUUCUGGGAGACAGUGACUACCUGUCAGCUGCUGUUUCUAGCUCAGCUAUGCACCGCUACCACAGCUCUCAGUCAAGACUGGACCGUCUCCCCUCUGAAGGUCCAGUGUGUCACGGUCACCUCGGGUCAUCCAAAUGUCUGGCGUGCACACCCGAGCAGUCAGCAUCAACAUAUACAAGCUGCCACAAGGAAUCUACACAGCCAUGGCCAUCCUCAAGCCGAGACUGGCACUGUCCAGUCUGCCUGCAGACGGCCAGCUUCCCAGUCCAGACCAACUGUGGCCAUUUGUUCUGUGCUCCCUGUUUGAUCGCCUACUGGAGACACGGGUCCUGGUUGGACGCAAUCAGCUGCCCUCUCUGCAGACAGAAGGUCAGCGUGCUGUGUAAUCUAUUUAACGAGAGUCGAACAGACCGCCAGUCAAAGGAAGUUCUCGGGGAAAUCACAGACUACAACAAACGUUACUCUGGAGCCCCACGAAGGGUAACAGACUACCUGUGUGACGCUCCUCUUCUCCUGCAGUUACUGGCCCGAGGCCUGGGCACCAUGGGAGGACUUGUGUGGCUGUUUUUCUUCAGGGUGGCACUGUGCUGUGUGGGGACCGUCAUGUCCAUCUCCUACCCUCCUCUGGAGCCUGUCUCCUCAUCAGAAAAUCCUCUAGAAACAGACCCCUCCCUCUGUGGACUGCUGGGGGUCCUGGAUGAUCUAGUUGUGGUCAUCCUGCUCCUUAUCUGUGUUAUCAACAUCAACCAGCAAAUGGCACCAGAGAGAGGGAGGCACUCUGCAAAUGCUACAACCUCACAAGGAGUAAUGGGGAGUUCACUGUAGACAAGAGUGUCAGUACAAGCUGUUUGACAUGGACUUUCAUUGGAUUUCUUCCUUCUGGCUGUAGCUAGUUGGAUUAGUGUAUGCAAGAAUAUUGACAACUGCACAGCAUGCAACAGUCGAGAUGUUAAGACGGCGUCUGAGCCCCUCGGACUGCGGACUCCAGGCCUGUUUGUCAAGUGUUUACAGAGCCUAUGCAAGAGUGGUAUCUAAAAUACAAUAUCAAGCAGUAUGCUGGUUCAAAUGUGAUCACAAAUCCUUACAUUCCUAAGGCCUAAAGUGUCUGGUUGGAAGCUCUUUAAUCCAUAUUAAAUACGCAAAAUCUUCAGUGUUUGUUGAUUUGAAGGAAAUUAUGUCAAUUUAAAUUGUAAUUUCAUCAUUUAUAUUUUAAUUAUAAUCCAUAUUUUCUUAGGGUUUUACCCAGAAAAACUGGCCACUGUCAUUUUUACUCCUCUAAUUGGGCAGCUUUGUUGCAGCAAGCUCAAGAAAAUCUGUCAUGUCAGUACUGUAAUACUGACAUUUAUGUAAAUACUUACAAUACAUAUUGUAUGAAUUCAUGUUUUUAUGUGUAAAAUAAAGAAUAUUUAUUGUC